AUUGUCAUGCCUGUCAUCAUUAAAACAUCCCAAGGACUUGCGCAUUGGCUGUUAGCUUAGAUGAACUGAGUGCGAGGGGGUAGGGAAAGGGUUUAGAAAUGGCCGUCGUGAAUAGUGGUCGGAGUGUGAUGGAUCUGCAAUUUAAUAUUGACAAUGGUCCAGUUGACCGUUUAACUAGACUUUAUCCAGCUGUAAAUGAAGACAAAACUCCUCUUCCCAGAACGUGGAGCCCCAAACACAAAUUCAACUUUAUUGGAUUGUCCCAGAACAAUUUGCGUGUGCACUAUAAAGGACACGGUAAAACACACAGAGAUGCAGCCAGCGUCCAAGCUACAUACCCGAUACCGGAAACUUGUGGGCUCUACUACUUCGAAGUCAAGAUUGUCAGCAAAGGAAGAGAUGGAUACAUGGGUAUUGGCUUAUCCACGCAUGGUGUUAGCCUGAAUAGAUUACCAGGGUGGGACAAAAACUCGUAUGGUUAUCACGGGGACGAUGGGCAUUCGUUUUGUUCCUCCGGCACUGGACAGCCUUACGGACCGACGUUUACAACAGGAGAUGUCAUAGGUUGUGGAUUGAAUUUAAUAGACAACACUUGCUUUUACACCAAAAACGGACAUCAUCUUGGUACUGCCUUCAGAGAUCUACCUCCAAACUUAUACCCCACAGUCGGUCUACAAACUCCAGGUGAAGUAGUAGACACCAAUUUUGGACAGGAGCCAUUUAUUUUCGACAUCGAUGACAUGAUGAAGGAAUUACGGACUCGUACGUUACUUGAAAUUAACGAAUUUCCUGUUCCCGGAAGUCACGGGGAAUGGCAGGCCAUAUUAAACAAAGUGGUAUCCACAUACCUAGUACACCACGGUUUCUCUAAUACAGCAGAAGCUUUUGCUCACGUAACCGAACAGUCAAUCAAUGAAGAUAUAGGAUCUAUGAAAAAUCGUCAAACAAUUAUAAAGUUAGUCUUAGCCGGUAGGAUGGGCGAAGCAAUAGAAAAGACCAGCCGUUUGUACCCUGGCCUCUUAGAAAAUAAUCAAGAUUUGCUGUUCAUGCUCAAGUGUCGUCAGUUUGUCGAGAUGGUCAAUGGUUCAGAUAUAGAAAUCAGCCACAAGAAACCCGUAGGAAAUUUCAAUGCCUCUCCUAGACCAAGUAGCCCUAUCCAGAUGUCUGUGAUACAGUCCACGAAAAACUUGAAAGGCAAACAGACGGUAGAGGAAAUGAAUCGUACCAACACUGCUCGAAACGGUACCAAUUGCACCUCUGACAUGCCCAUUAUCGUUUCCGACGACUGCGAUGUAGAAAUGGACACCGACGAGGUUCAAAAUGGCCACGGGGAUUCCUGUAUAAACGGCAAGAGUACUUCGACGAACAAUGGAUACCAGAACGGGAAUAGCAAUAAUCACGGCGAUUGUGAUACGAGUAGCACGCGACUGGAGUCUUCCAGCUGUGAAAUCGACGAAGAAGAUAUGGCCUUCCCAGAAUCAAGUAAUAAACCACGGAAGCCUCCGCUAGAAGUGGCGAUGGUCCAUGCCCAUGAAUUAGUGAGGUUUAUGUCGUUAGCUGAAGUCAGCUCGUGUGCCUUCGCUUCUGUCGAGGAGGUGCUCGAAUAGUGACCUCUCUUCGAUAUUUAUCCAUCCCUUCAGAUGCACUGAGUGCCGUACAACUGUUUCGAACCGUGCCAACCAACAAUCGACAGUUGUUAGAGGUCCGUUUCUUACAAGAGGAACAAGUACUUACUCCAUUUUGUAAAUUUUAAUUGUUCGUACUCGUGGGUGGAAAGGUACGGUUUUUGGCAAGAGGAUGGCGAUUUGUUUGGCAGUUGAAAAAUAUAUUUUUCUUAGAGAGACAAUAAAUCAGAAGCCGAAAAUGCUGAUUUGACUGGACUGUUGAUUAAAGAAUUUUUUGCAGGUUUUUGUUUUGUGAGUAAUGCAAUAUAUUUUCUUUUUAAAUUCCUGGAAGUAAAUUAAAUUACUAAAUGACCAGAAAUAAUACUGCGUUUGGAUAAAGUUUAGAAAGGGAUUUAUCCGAGUUCAAAAAGAAAAAAUAUUUGAGUUUUAAAUUCUCGAAUCUUUCUAUAAAACACCUAAAAAUUGCACACAAUUGUAUAAACGUCAAUUCAAGAUAUUUUGAAAUUGAAUGACUUUUUUGCAUACACAGUAGACUGGAUGUUGAGAAUUUUACUUGGUUUAAAAUUUUCCUUGGCUUUCUUGUUCACGAGAGGUAUUCAUGUUUGAUUGAAGUUGAUGAUGCCAUAUUCUUAUUUCCAUUCAAGAUAACACAAGUAGUUUCAUUCAGUUUUCUUCUCGUUUCAUUAGAUUCUAUCAGAAAUUUGGCAUUAUACCAAUUCAUGAUAUGUAUUGAUGGUGUUCGCCUUUUUUAUUCUGAAGGGUCCUAAAAAGUUGAUCAACAGAAUAAUAUCAAAAAGUGUCCAAAUUAGCAGAGCAUAUUUUAACAAGAGAUGGCACAUGUAGGGACAGUGUCAAAACUCAGAUGAUAGAACCCGAUGAAGAGAAAACCUAAAGAAAUGACUUGAUGGAGUUGUUCUAUGGUAUCGAAAUGAAGUGGAUUUAGUGAAAUAAAUUUAUUUUCCCAACAGAUAUAAGACGACAGGACACUGUAUCAUUUGAGAUUUCAGUUAAUGAAUCUUUUCGCUGAUAUAAAAAGGAGCAUUUUUGUCAGGUCCUAGUUAUUGUAAGGGGUACUGCUGAAUGAGUUUCAAGAUAUACAGGGUACAGCAAACAAACAUAAAACUCUUAUAACGUAAUCAGGAUGAUGUUUUGUUACAUAUUUUAGUUUUUUGAAGUAUAUGGGCACCAUUUUUUAAUGAGUCAUGCUAUUGACAAGUGUCAACAACCCAUCUAAAUUUUAUUCAAAUGCAGUAACAUUUCUAAUCAAACGUGGUAAUUUAUGCCAGGUAUAACUCGUGUACCUUCCUAAGAACAUUAUUCUGACAAAAAUUUGGGGUAUUCUAUAAAAUUUUUCAAAUUAUUUCCAAAUUUGUAAUAGUAUAAACUCAAAUCAGUUUAACAAAAUUAUAACUUGUAAAAAUAAAUUUGAAAUUUAUGGCCAAAAAAAUUACUAAGAUUGUUCAUAAAAAUUUAAUGGCAAAACUAACUGUAUCGCUAUUUUAUAUAUCUGUCUCAAAAGAAAAUGAGGAAAUUUUGCCUCACUUGCCGGUGAGUGUAUCUUUUAGGUUAGAAGUUAGUAUUUUGGAAGUUCUUGUCACUUUUUAAAGCAUAGCAUAUAUUCAAGUGGAUGGCCUUUCUAGGAAAAAUCAGUUUAUCUGAAUUCUGGAGACUUUGAGUUUUUUGAAAGUGUUCGUUUCAAUCCUUUUUUUGGGUUUUUAAUAAGUUCAUUUUGUUAUUCACUGUUUAUUAUAUUCAGAGAAUCGAAUCAUAGGCUGAUAUAUAAAUCCGCCAUAAAUAAUAUUAAUUGUUUCGCCUCUAAAUUGCUUAAAAAACAUCAGUCAAAAGUUUGGUUAUUCUAAAAGUAAUAGAUAUAGGCUAUGUCUUAGUCAUAGAUGAUUAGCUCACCGACUCUAUCUGGGCUACUACGUCAAUCGUAGGUUUUUGACUCUUCAUAAUCCUCGAGUUAUAUAAAAUAUACAUGUCUUUCGCAAUCAUUCCUGACAUGAACAAGUCAUCUGCAUUGAUAUUCGGUCAGCCUCUGCUUCUAAGCGCCGUAAAUAGGAGAACUUUCACAUCUUCAAAUGAUAAAAUUUCAUAAAUAUUACAUUUAGUAUGCACAAAAUGGAAUCUCCACUCCCUCAUCGAACAGGCUUAUUUCAGCCUCCCUUUGCAACAGAACGUAAAAGUUUCUCUAAUAAGUAACAUAAUUCAAAAUGCUGAUUAGUUAGAUUCUAGUACCUCUCGGUUAAUUUUUCAUUUUACUGUACUAUCUUUGUAGAUAUCAUACAGGUAAUGUUAAUAAUAUACUAUUCAUUUUCAAAAUGCUUGGAAACAUUUUGGAGAAAUCUGAUUUUAAUUUUUAUAGAAACAUUCAAAUUGAGAAUUCAAGAGUUUAUUGAACUUUUUUGAAGUAUAUUGUCGAAGGUGAGCUGCUCCAAUAUUUGUAAUCAGAAACACAAGUUGUCAUUAAACUUGUAUUACAUGUUUACAAGAAAAACGGAAAAUUCUUUGAAAAUUAUUAUUCAAAUUAGUAUUUCUUUUUACUUUUAACCAUUUUAAAUGUUAAUUUUUAUAUUUAGGGAUAUUCUGGAUUUCAUGAUUGAAGAGGUUCAUUUAUUUAAUCUGGUAGAGGUAUGUAGAAGAAAACACAUGCUCAAUGGAAAGAGGAAAUGAUAAAAGAGCCAAUAACAGUUAUAGAGAAAAGAACAAAAGCUAGAACACAAGUCAAUACCAAGAGUAGGUAAUUAUUCAAGGUGGUAGAGGAAUGUAGGAGAAUACAUUUGCUCAAAGGAAAAGAAGAGACAAAAAGCCAAUAACAGAUAGAGACAAAAGCUAAAAGACAGUUCAAUACAAAGAGUGGGUAAAUAAGGAAAAUUCAGAAAAAGAUUGACAAAAACUGACAUAUUAAUUAAUCAAAGUAGGAAGUGCAAAAGAGGCUGAGAAAGAUUUUACUACUUGAAAGUAUUACAUAUCUCUAACAAGAAAUAUAAAGAAGCUAGUAUAGUUUGUAAAGAUUAUUGGUACGUCUUGCAUCAGAAAAUUGAAAAUAACCCAUACCAAAAGUAAAUUAACUCAACUAUUGGUAAAGAACAAAUACAAAUACACAAUUAUUGUGUAUUCAUUAUUAUAAUGAAAAAUAAACAACAAAGAAUAAUACUGUUUGAAUUCUUCAUUUAGGGUUGAUGCGGUAACAUUUGAAAAAUAUUUCUAUUUUGAGAAAUGAAAAAAAUCAUGAAAAUCAAAUUUUUCCUAAACCUAAAUUCAGAAAGAGAGGUCUCCAGUAGUACUCCUGAAAGGUCCAUCACUGAAGUUGUGUUAUCUUAAUGGUUGUUUUCUGAAGAUUCAAUAAUAUAGUGGAGUUGCACUCAAAAUAAAGGUUUAUGAAUGUUUGAUAGUGGCUUGCAGUUGCGAUUUUAUCAGUUGUAGUAGUCUCCAACUAUCUAUGACUAAGGAAAAAAUAUUGUGACAACUUACGUACUUCAUUUGGGGGAGAAGGAUUGUUGAAGAAGGAAAAGGUCUAUUUUAUUUUUAUAACAAUUUUUUAUAAUCGAAAAAAUUCUACAAUCGAUCUUGUUCGUAGUUCUGGCGAAUGUCGAAAAAAUUAAUCAUUCAGGCGAAUUGUUUUCGAUCGAGAUACUCCUGUAGCAUUUUUAGUUUUUAGAUAUCAUGGUUGUAAGUACAUUAUCCGAAAUAGCCUCUUGUACUCCCAAUGGUUUGAGCAUUGUGAUAACACUUACGCGGAGAGGAAGUCAAGUGUUCUAUUUUGUUGAAUAUUUGUUAUUUAUGUUUUAUGCCGUUUUUUUAUUGUAGAUCUUGAUGCAUGAACUCAUAUAAAUAACAAACAUAUCGGAUUUAGUUGAUGUACAAUUUCGUUUUUAAUUUGGGCGUUCAUAACAAAUUCAUUGAGAAAAUAAUUAUUUGAGGUGUUUUUAUUAUUUGAUGUAGACCUACAAAUUUUUUAGUAUAGUCCAUUUGUAAAUAAGUUAUAUACAUAUGUUAUGAUUUAUUCAAUAAAAUACUAAUGAUUGUA